UGCCCAGCCAACAGCCACUACGAGAUGUGUGCCAGCCUCUGCACCACCACCUGCACUGGAGACAUCAUGGACUGCCCGGAGACCUGUGCUGAAGGCUGCCAGUGUGACGAGGGCUUCUUCUUCGACGGCCAGGGCUGUGUGACUCUGGAGAGCUGCGGGUGCUUUGAGCGUGGGAGAUACUACAAGCCCAGCGAGACCAUCCUGACGAAUGAGUGCCAGCAGAGCUGCACCUGCGUUUCUGCCCGAGGGGUGACCUGCAAAGCCCACAGCUGCACCAGAGAAGAAACCUGCAAGAUCAGAGAUGGUAUCAUGGGCUGCAUCAGCCAAGAUCCCUGCAAAACCCUGAAAUGCCGGAUCAAGGAGAGAUGCAAAAUUGAAGAUGGACAAGAGGCAUGUGUUCCUGCCUACACUGGAAUCUGCCUGGGCUCACGGGAUGCACAGUACCAAACUUUUGAUGGCCUGAAGUUUGACUUGCAGGGCACUUGCAAGUACACCAUCGCUAAGUACUGUGGCAGUGACCCUACCCUGGAGUCCUUCACCAUCGAUGAGAAGAACGACAAUAGGGGGAACCAGGAUAUCUCCUUUUGGCAGGUGACCAAUAUCUACGUCUACGGGUACAACAUCUCCAUCUACAAGAGGGAAGUUGGCAAAGUCCGGCUGAACAGUGUGAUCACCAGUCUCCCAGUGACUCUGAAAGAUGGUAAAAUCAGACUGUACCAGAAAGCCCUCAGCACCGUCCUGCAGACGGACUUCGGCCUCCAGAUCGCACAUGACAAAAAUUGGCGUGUAGUGAUCACCCUCCCCAGCAGCUAUUAUGGGGCCACGUGCGGCCUAUGUGGGAACUUCAACCAGAAUCCAGAAGAUGACAUGACGUCAUCCAAUGGCACCAGAGUCUCCUCCAUCAUGGACUGGGCUGCCAGUUGGAAAGUCCAAGACCGGGACCCCUUUUGCUGGGAUUAUUGCCAAGGCACUUGCCCAAUGUGUGAUGAGAGCAAGACAGAUCUGUAUGGGGAUGACAGUCACUGUGGGGUGAUCAGUAAAGCACCGGGAGGGCCCUUCAGAGAGUGUCACUCCAGAGUGAGCGCCGAUGACUUCUUUGACAGCUGCAUCUAUGACAUGUGUCUGAAUGAGGGGGACAAGAGCAUUCUGUGUGAGGCGCUGGAGGCCUACGCAAAAGCCUGCAGGAAGCAUGGGGUCACUGUCGAUGACUGGAGGACACCAUCCAGUUGUGAUGCCUGCAAAGCUCGGAAAUGCCGGACCAAAGAGACAUGCCAGACUGAGGAUGGCCACACAUCAUGUAUUCCUGACUACAUGGGAACCUGCUUGGGCUCAGGGGACAUGCACUACCAAACUUUUGAUGGUCUGAAGUUUGAUUUCCAGGGCACCUGCACCUACACCCUGGCCAAAUACUGUGGGAGCGACACCACCCUGGAGCCUUUCACCAUUGAUGAGAAGAACGCCAAUAGGGGGAGCCAGGAUAUCUCCUUUCUGCGAGUGACCAACGUCUACAUCUAUGGGUACAACAUCUCCAUCUACAAGAGGGAAGUUGGCAAAGUCCGGCUAAACGGUGUGAUCACCAGUCUCCCGGUGACGCUGAAAGACGGUAAAAUCAGACUGUACCAGAAAGGCCUCAGCACUGUCAUGCAGACGGACGUUGGCCUCCGGGUGGGAUACAACAAGAACUGGCAUCUGGAAAUCACCCUCCCCAGCAGCUAUUAUGGUGCCAUGUGCGGUCUUUGUGGGAACUUCAACCAGAACCCAGAAGACGACAUGAUGUCCUCCAACGGCAUCAAAGUCUCCGCCAUCGUGGGCUGGGGUGCCAGUUGGAAAGUCCAAGACCGGGACCCCUUUUGCUGGCAUUCCUGCCAAGAGAACUGCCUGACAUGUGAUGAGAGCAAGAGAGAUCUGUAUGGGGAUGACAGUCACUGUGGGGUGAUCAGUAAAGCAGCGGGAGGACCCUUCAGAGAGUGUCACUCCACGGUGAGCCCCGAAAAUGUCUUUGACAACUGCAUCUAUGACAUGUGCCUGAAUGAGGGGAACAAGACCAUUCUCUGUGUUGUGCUGGAGACCUACGCCGACACCUGCGGGGACCAUGGAGUCACUGUCUAUGACUGGAGGACACCGUCCAGCUGUGAUGAAUCUGGAAGUUGGUAUUCUGACGAAACAGGUGGCAAUGGGACUAAUCCGACAGUUUCCCCUGUUGAUGGAGGAGAUGAAACCUGCAAAGCCCUGAAAUGCCGAACCAAGGAGACGUGCAAGACAGAGGAUGGCCACGCGACAUGUGUUCCUGACUAUGUGGGAACUUGCUGGGGCUGGGGGAACCCGCAUUAUCACACCUUUGAUGGCCUGACGUUUGACUUCCAGGGCACCUGCACCUACACCAUUGCCAAGUACUGUGGCCACGACCGCUCCCUGGAGCCCUUUACCAUCGAUGAGAAGAAUGAUAACAGGGGCAGCCAGGCCAUCUCCUUUCUACGAGUGACCAACAUCUAUGUCUAUGGGUACAACAUCUCCAUCUACAAGAGGGAAGUUGGCAAAGUCCGGCUAAACGGCGUGAUCACCAGUCUCCCAGUGACACUGUCAGACGGUAAAAUCAGAGUGUAUCAGAGCGGCUUCCGCGCCAUCCUGCAGACGGACUUUGGUCUCCAGGUGGCAUACAACUGGGACUGGCAUCUGGUGAUCACCCUCCCCAGCAGCUAUUAUGGGGCCACGUGUGGCCUAUGUGGGAACUUCAACCAGAACCCUGAAGAUGACAUGACGUCAGCCAGCGGCACCAAAGUCUCCUCCAUCGUGGGCUGGGCUGCCAGUUGGAAAGUCCAAGACCGGGAUCCUUUUUGCUGGGAUUCCUGCCAAGAGAACUGCCUGACAUGUGAUGAGAGCACAAGGGAGCUGUACAGGGGCGACAGUCACUGUGGGUUGAUCAGCAAAGCACCGGGAGGGCCCUUCAGAGAGUGUCACUCCAGAGUGAACUCCAGUGAGUUCUUCGAUGGUUGCACCUAUGACGUGUGUCUGAACAGGGGCGCUACGAGAAUCUUGUGCCAGGCACUGGAGGCCUACGCAGCAACGUGCAGAGACCACGGGGUCACCGUCUAUGACUGGAGGAUGCCAUCUGGCUGUGCCCUGCCCUGCCCUGAGAACAGCCACUAUGAGGCCUGUGGGAACGCCUGCCCGGCCAGCUGCUCUGACCGAACUGCCCCCUCCUCCUGCCGGGAGCCCUGCGUGGAGACCUGCCAGUGUAAUGACGGUUACGUCCUCAGCACUGAUAAGUGCGUCCCCCUGGAGAGCUGUGGCUGUGACUACAACGGCCGCUACUACCAACCCAGUGAGGAGUUCUGGGCCGAUGAGAACUGCCACUCUCGGUGCAGGUGUGACUCCAGCCUGGGCACAGUGGUUUGCAGGAAGACCAGUUGCAAGGCCAAAGAAAGAUGCUCCGUGGUCAAUGGGGUCCGUGGCUGCCAUGCGAUCAGCUACUCCACCUGCAUAGGUACUGGAGACCCUCACUACACCACCUUUGAUGGGAAAAAGUAUGAUUUUAUGGGCACCUGCAUCUACCAGUUCGCGGCUCUCUGCUCCGAGGACCCCACACUCACCCCGUUCAAUGUCAAAGUGGAGAACAACAACCGAGGCAGUAAGGCUGUGUCCUUCACCAAAACAGUGACCUUAGAGGUCUACAACGUGACCAUCAGCUUGAGCCAGGAGCAUCCACGCAAGAUCCAGAUCAAUGGUGUCUUUGUGGACCUGCCCUUCUCCCAUCAGCACAAGUUCAAGGCCUACAUCAGUGGAGUCCAUGGCUUUAUCCAGACUGAUUUCGACCUGAGAGUGAGCUUCGACUGGUACAGCUACGCCAGGGUCAUCAUACCCAAUACGUACGCCAAUGCUGUCUGCGGCCUCUGUGGCAAUGCCAAUCAGGACCCCAGCGACGAUCUGACCAUGAAGGAUGGAACUCAGACAUCUGAUGAGAUUCAGUUUGCCGACAGCUGGAAGGUGGGGGAGGUCCCAGGGUGCUCGUCUAGCUGCACCGGGGACUGCUCAGUCUGCAGUGAGGCUCAGAAACAACCCUAUAAGGGAGACCAGUACUGCGGGGUCAUCACCCGACAGAACGGGCCAUUCAGACAGUGCCACGGGGCUAUCGACCCAGCUCCCUUCUUUGAUGAUUGUCUCUAUGACACCUGCCAAUACAAGGGUCACCAGGACACACUGUGCAGCACAAUCAGCACCUACGUCACAUCCUGCCAGGCCAGGGGCAUCCAGAUAGGGCAGUGGAGAUCGCCCUCAUUCUGCAGACCCACCUGCCCCCUUAACUCUCACUAUGAACUCUGUGGAAUUAGCUGCCCUUCCAACUGCAACGACCUGUGGGCUCUAGAUCGGUGUGACAAACCCUGUGCUGAAGGGUGUUUCUGUGAUGCUGGAUUCACCCUGAGUGGUGACAAGUGCAUUCCUGUCGCGCAGUGUGGCUGUGUGCACCAGGCCAUGUAUUACAAGAAGGGAGAGGAGUUCUACCCCAGCGCCUCCUGCCAGGAACGCUGCCUGUGCAAAGACAAUGGGGUCGUUGAGUGCCAGGAGGCCUCCUGUGGAGCCAAUGAGGAGUGCAGGGUGGAGAACGGAGUCCUGGGCUGCCAUGCCACGGGCUAUGGAACAUGCGUCGCAUCUGGCGGAUCUCACUACAUCUCCUUUGACGGACGGGCCUUUGACUUCCAGGGCUCCUGCACUUACACCUUAGCCAAGGUCUGCAGCAGAGACGCUGGACUGGGAAACUUCUCCGUGGUGGUGGAGAAUGAGAGCCCUGGAGGUGGCCACAUGGCUGUGACAAGGACGGUGGUGGUCUCCCUGCAUGAUUACACCAUCGCCAUGGAGAGUGGGAGGAAGUGGAAGAUUGUGGUGGGUGGUGAGCUCUACACCCUCCCACUCACAACGGAUGAUGGGAAACUCUGGAUCAACCAAGAGGGGAACUACAUCAUUAUCCAAUCAGCUUCUGGCCUCAAAGUCUUUUAUGACACUGCCUCCUACCUCCUACUGUCCGUCCCCAGCACCUAUAAGGGACAUGUAUGCGGCUUGUGUGGCAACUUUAACGAUGACAAGAACGAUGAUCUCCUACUGCCCGGUGUGAAGAGUACCGAGAAUGUGGAUGAAUUUGUUGCCUCCUGGAAGGUGCCUGUUGAUGGUGCCACAUGCUCUGAUGGCUGUGGUGAGAAGUGCCCCGUCUGUGAUGCAGCCCAGACAGCGCCAUACCAGACUGAGAGCUCCUGCGGGCUGAUCCUGGCCACCUCAGGUCCCUUCAGAGACUGUCACUCGAUAGUCAGUCCUGUUGAGUACUUCAACCACUGUCUCUAUGACAUGUGUGCCACCAACGGAAGGGGAGAGACCCUCUGCCAGAGCCUGCAGGCCUAUGUGGCUGCGUGCCAGGCAGCUGGGGCCAAGAUCGAGACCUGGAGAACAGCCUCCUUCUGCCCCUUCGCCUGCCCAGCUAACAGCCACUACGAGCUGUGUACCAGAUCCUGCGAUUUCACCUGUGCCAGAUUGUUUGCCCCUGCCCAAUGCACCGGGAAGUGCUUUGAAGGCUGCUGGUGUGACCAAGAAUAUGUGUCCGAUGGGGAGGCAUGCGUCUCCAUGGACAGGUGUGGCUGUGUGCACAACGGACGCUACAUCAAGGCCAGGGAGAGCUGUGUGUCCAGCAACUGUUCCGAGAAUUGCACCUGCCACGCCUCAGGCGAGGUCAUCUGUGAAGAAACAAACUGUACCGAAGAGGAGAAAUGCAUGCUCAGGAAUGGGGUGCGCAGCUGCGUGAAGCAGGUGGGCCGGUGCACGCUGGCCCCAGGAAUAUGGUUCACCUCCUUUGAUGGUGUCGAGAGGGAAGUCCUCCUUGAUGGGGCCUACGAGGUGUCUUCCCUCUGCGAAGGGGUCGACCUCCCCUGGUUCCAGAUGGUGGUCAGUGUGUUCAGAGAAGGUGGCUUGGCCGUUCCUGAUGGCAUCUCCGUUUUCUUCGGCGAGGAUCUUAUCCAUGUCAAUAAGAAAAAGGAGAUUUGGGUGAGAGGGCACCAAAGGCAGCUCCCAGUGAACGUAUCCAACUUGUCUGUAAGUGAGUCUCAGGGCACCAUCAUGAUUGUCCAGGGCUCUAGAAUAAAGAUUCUGUUCAGCCUGAGCGGUGAGGUGACGGUGACAGUCAACGAGAGCCUGGCUAACAAGCUGUGUGCACCUUGCGGGAACUUCAACGGCGACAUCUCCGACGACCUGCGGCUGCCCAGCGGGCAGAUUGUGGGGAACAUCACGGACAUGUUUGAAGCUUGGAGGGCGCGAAACCUCUCAAGAAGCGAUGUUUAAAAGCCACCUGAGCUGCAAUGGACCCCUGCCCCCUUUCCCUUCCCUGCAUUGGACUGGGCUGGCUGGUUACUCAGUAACAGGUCAUAGCUUAGCACACAAACGUGUGUUCCUUCACGUAGGGCUCUCCCUGCAGCGUGGAUGAGUUCAGUGGCGCCAGGUGCGUGACGGAAAAUCUCAUCUGGACUUGUCAAUAGAGACGUUUGCAAAGGUGUGUGUGAAGCAGCAGGCUCUGGCAUGCCUCGGGAAAUGGCUUUCAUGUUCCGCUUGGAUCUGACUGUGCUAAGAUCCCUUUACACCGCCUGUUAAGGCCUCUUUAUGCUGCCAAAGUGGAAUAAAGGA